AUGGAGCCCUCAGCCACCCCAGGGGCCCAGAUAAGGGUCCCCACUGGCAGCGGAGAACCGUCCCCGGUGCCUCCAGACUACGAAGACGAGUUUCUCCGCUAUCUGUGGCGUGAUUAUCUGUACCCAAAGCCCUACGAGUGGGUCCUCAUCGCAGCCUACGUGGCUGUGUUCCUCGUGGCCCUGGUGGGCAACACGCUGGUCUGCUUGGCCGUGUGGCGGAACCACCACAUGAGGACCGUUACCAACUACUUUAUUGUCAACCUGUCCCUGGCUGAUGUGCUGGUGACUGCCAUCUGCCUGCCAGCCAGCCUGCUAGUGGACAUCACCGAGUCCUGGCUCUUUGGCCAUGCCCUCUGCAAGGUCAUCCCCUAUCUACAGGCUGUGUCCGUGUCAGUGGCAGUGCUGACUCUCAGUUUCAUCGCCCUGGACCGCUGGUAUGCCAUCUGCCACCCGCUGUUGUUCAAGAGCACGGCCCGGCGUGCCCGUGGCUCCAUCCUGGGCAUCUGGGCUGUGUCGCUGGCUGUCAUGGUGCCCCAGGCUGCUGUCAUGGAGUGUAGCAGUGUGCUGCCGGAGCUAGCCAACCGCACACGGCUCUUCUCUGUCUGUGAUGAGCGCUGGGCAGAUGACCUCUACCCCAAGAUCUACCACAGCUGCUUCUUCAUUGUCACAUAUCUUGCCCCGCUUGGCCUCAUGGCAGUGGCGUAUUUCCAGAUCUUCCGUAAGCUCUGGGGUCGCCAGAUCCCUGGCACCACCUCAGCCCUGGUACGGAACUGGAAGCGGCCCUCAGAGCUGGAGGACCAGGGGCAGGGCCUGAGCACAGAGCCCCAGCCUAGGGCCCGGGCCUUCCUUGCUGAGGUGAAGCAGAUGCGAGCUCGGAGGAAGACAGCCAAGAUGUUGAUGGUGGUGCUGCUGGUCUUUGCCCUCUGCUACCUGCCCAUCAGUGUCCUCAAUGUUCUCAAGAGGGUGUUCGGGAUGUUUCGCCAAGCCAGUGACCGAGAAGCCGUCUAUGCUUGCUUCACCUUCUCCCACUGGCUGGUGUACGCCAACAGCGCCGCCAACCCCAUCAUCUACAACUUCCUCAGUGGCAAAUUCCGGGAGCAGUUUAAGGCUGGUUUCUCCUGCUGCCUGCCUGGCCUGGGUCUCUGCGGCUCUCUGAAGACCCCCAGUCCCCGCUCUUCUGCCUGCCACAAGUCCUUGUCCUUGCAGAGCCGGUGCUCUGUCUCCAAAGUCUCUGAGCACGUGGUGCUCACCACCGUCACAACGGUGCUGCCCUGAGUGAGGUCUGCCUUGGAGGCUCCAGUUCAAGGGUGCAGCCUGUUCCCCGCCUGGGCCUCUCACUGGCCCCUGGGGAAUCUGUCCAUACUCCUCAAGGAAAGACUGCUAGAUGCAGUGAGAGGUGGAGUCUCCAGUCCUGGCUUCCUACCUGUGUGACUUUGGGGAAGUCACUUUCCCUCUCUGAGCUUGUGUGUCCCCAAGAAUGGUUGAUGUGAGGAUUAAGCAUGCUCAAGAAAGCGGGAAGCUCUUUGUAAACUGCAGUGUUGUGCACACGAUUCUAUACUUCUCUCACUUGGCCAUACCCCUAUGGUAUCAUCCAUCCCCUUCAUCCUUCCAGAGCUUGGCCUUUCUCCCAGAGACCCCUCUCCUACCCAAUUACAGCCCUUCCUUGGGAUCUGCUCUAAAAAUCCCAACAGGCAUUUCCAUCUGGUCUAGUGGCUCCCUAAAGCCCAGGGCUGCACUUGACCAGCUGUUCUGAUGCUUGUGUGAACUAAUCUGGACCCAGUCCUUCUCCAGAGGGCUGCGAGCACAGCCCCACCCUCGCCAGGUGCCGAGUGCACACAG